UGGAAUGUGAACAAAGUAACUCCUUCAACCAUCCGUGUGAUGAACAAAACUAUGAUUAAUUCACUGAUCCCGGAACGUCACAACGUCAGGAUUUGUCACUAGCGCUCAGGAUACAGACAACUCUGUCGACCUGGCUUAUUGAGGGGACACUUUUUGGGACCAAUGCAGACCCCCCCUCAGAUCCUCGCUGUCAGUGCCUGUGCGUGGGUCAGCAGUUUUUGUCACUUACAAGAUAUUGGGACCAGUGAAAAUUUGCCGAAAAAGAUGUCAGUUAGCGUCCAUGAAAACCGCAAGUCGAGGACGAGCACAGGCUCUAUGAACAUCUCACUGUUCCACAAGCCCUCUCAUCCAGAGAGUGUGCUCACCCACCUCAAUACCCUCCGCAAACAGGGCAUGUUUACAGACGUAACGCUAUGGGCAGGCGACCGCUCCUUUCCUUGCCACCGAGCUGUACUUGCGGCUUGCAGUCGCUACUUUGAAGCCAUGUUCAGCGGUGGUCUCCGUGAGAGCCUUGACAAUGAGGUUAACUUUCGUGACAGUGUGCACCCAGAGGUUUUGGAGCUACUGUUGGACUUUGCUUACUCCUCACGUGUCAUCAUCAAUGAAGAAAAUGCAGAGUCACUUCUUGAGGCCGGAGAUAUGCUACAGUUUCAUGAUAUCCGUGAUGCUGCAGCAGAAUUUUUGGAAAAGAACUUGCAUGCAUCGAACUGCUUGGGGAUGAUGCUGCUUUCGGAUGCCCAUCAGUGCAAGCGCCUUUACGAGCUGUCGUGGAGGAUGUGCCUCAUCCACUUUGAGACUCUUCGAGACACUGAAAACUUCUGUGGCCUCUCCAAAGACAAACUUUUGGAUCUCAUCCUUAGCGAUGAGCUGGAGAUUGAGGAUGAACAGAUUGUGUUCAGUGCUGUCAUGCGCUGGGUUAGGUAUGACCUAGACAGCCGCAGAGACUACCUUCCUGAGUUGCUGCAAGGAAUACGUCUUGCGCUGUUACCUUCAGAGUGCCUCAUUGAGGCCGUGGCAUGUGAGGAACUUGUGAUGUUAGAUAAAAGGAGCAGACAGAUUGUCGAUGAGGCCAUGCAAUGCAAGAAGAAGAUUCUUCAGAAUGACGGAGUUGUCACAAGCCCCUGUGCCAGACCUCGCAAAGCUGGACACACGCUACUCAUUCUUGGGGGCCAGACGUUUAUGUGUGAUAAGAUCUACCAAGUGGACCACAAAGCAAAAGAGAUCAUCCCUAAAUCAGAUCUUCCUAGUCCCAGGAAGGAAUUCAGUGCAUGUGCCAUCGGCUGCAAGGUUUACGUGACAGGAGGAAGGGGGUCAGAAAAUGGGGUUUCAAAGGACGUUUGGAUAUAUGACACAGUACAUGAAGAAUGGUCUAAAGGUGCCCCCAUGUUAAUUGCACGCUUUGGACAUGGUUCAGCUGAACUUGAAAACUGCCUUUAUGUUGUUGGGGGUCAUACGGCUAUAGCAGGUGUCUUCCCGGCCUCCCCCUCAGUCUCCCUUAAACAAGUUGAACGAUACGAUCCACUAACCAACAAAUGGACAAUGAUGGCACCACUUAGGGAUGGUGUCAGCAAUGCAGCAGUGGUCAGUGCUAAGCUAAAACUCUUUGUGUUUGGCGGAACAACCAUUCACAGGGAUAAGGCCUCAAAGGUCCAAUGCUAUGACCCGGUUGAGAACCGUUGGACCAUAGCUGCAGAGUGCCCGCAACCCUGGAGAUACACUGCUGCUGCUGUUCUCGGCAGUCAGAUAUUUAUAAUGGGCGGUGACACAGAGUUCACAGCUGCAUCCGCUUACCGAUUUGACUGUGAGACCAAUCAAUGGACGCGUGUAGGUGACAUGACCUCAAAAAGAAUGAGCUGCCAUGCUGUGGCCUCUGGAAAUAAACUCUAUGUGGUCGGCGGUUACUUUGGGGCACAGCGGUGUAAAACCCUAGAUUGUUAUGAUCCGACAUCGGAUAGCUGGAACAGUAUCACUACCGUGCCUUAUUCACUGAUUCCAACUGCAUUUGUCAGCACCUGGAAGCAUCUUCCUGCCUAGUUGCCUCCAAUUUAAAAGUAUGGAGCUGAACUGGCCAGGGAUAGACAAAGAGAUACAAGACAAUGGCUGCAAAUAGAGUGAAAAUCUGAAACAAAAGGCCAGCAAAGACAGCACAAGCCUGCUGAUUUAAGGUAGCAGGUGAAAUAUGAUUACAGCUGAUGAGAGCCAAGGGGCAGCAGGAAACUGAAUGAUGAAGCUUGAGCACCGCAGUUUCAUCAGGACCACAGGAGAAGGGGAGAGAGGUGCAGCAGAGCCCUGGAGAUAGAUGAAUGAAACACAUCCUCCUUUCCUCCCUGCAGUACCACAGACAGUGAUGGAGUGCCUCAAUAUCACUGCUACAGACAGAUGGAGAGAUAGACGGUAUAUGAGAGCACCGGGCAGCAUGGGAAAGAUAAACAGAACCGAAGAGCGCAGGAUUGAGCUGGCAGGGGAUGGUGGUUUUACAAUGCCUGUCCAGCCAGUUAAAGACUCGUUUCAUAAAACAAAGCAAUCAGACAGUAAUCCAUCCCAAAAACAGAUGUUGUCUUACCAAUUGCUGUGGUAUGUAAAAAAAACCACAACAACAACAUGCAAACAUUUAAUGAUUGGUGCACCAGAGACAUUAAAGUCGAAUUUUUCAGACCAUUUCGGAGUAUUAUAUAUUCUAGCUUACUAUAUAUUGAAUUCUGUGUAAUAUAUACUGUACACUGUAUAUGUAUGUUAAUCAAGGAAAUAUUUCAAACAGUAGUAUGAUACAGGUGCACUUAGAUCGAAUAUGCUUAAAGUUGACAAUGUGCAAGCUCAUGUGACGGCCCUACACAGUGUUCCUUUAUCGGAGUAAGAUAAUAAACGGUUUAAGCAAAAACGAUCGACACAGAAUUUUGCCUUUUUUUUAAUUUUUUUUUAUUACCCCCAUUUUGCAAUGCACGUAAAAACCUUUACUGGCAUUCUUACUGGCUUAUGUGUGCAAGUGUUGUGUGAAUGCCUGUUAACGUAUUAACAUCAAAAGCAGGGAAUAACCCAAUGAUUUCAAAUCUCAUGUAAACCUCAUGUGGUUUUUAAUUCAAUUUUACUAUCAAAUAAUGAGUCAAUAAAGAUGCCAAAAAAAUCGUGGCUGAUAUUACUUCCAUUUUAUCCAUCACACCGGAAAUGGAAGGUCAUGGUGAGCGCAUUACAUUGUGGGAUAAAGUGAUCCACGCAGUAAGCUCUUUUGCUUACUGCUUAAUUUUGGCAAAUGUAGUGGGACAUCCAGGUAGUCUAUACAUAUAGAACAUUUAUAUUAAGUAUUAAUGGUAAAAGUAGUAUGCUAUUCCAAAUACAGCCUUACUGUAAAUUGCAGCUGACACAUUUCUGCAGACAUCGCCAAUAGCGAGGCACUUUGAUGAGUCAGACCACUAAACCUCUAGAUGAUCUCAAAAAAGCAAUCUCAAGUGCCAUGCAAUAGUACCACUAAGUAAAUUUAGUGUAAUUUUCAAACAUAUAGCCAUGCAUCAACACUGAUAUAAAAUUUAACUGCGUUUUUGUGCUCAUUGAAUGUCAGUCUUGAUUUGAUUUAAUGAUAUGUCUCAUUGGUUUCUGUAAUCCUGUCCUGAAAAAUGGCUUAAACCAGCCUAAGAUGGUUCGCUGGUCUUAUCUGGCAUCCCAUCCUGGUCAAUCACACACAUUCACAAGGUAAAGUAACUCCAUGAAUCACAUCCUAAAUCACUCUAUUACAUUUUUUUUUAUGUUCACAUGGUACUCGUGUUAUUUCCGCAAGCUUCACAUGGAAUCAGAGAAAGAGAGUUGGGGGUGGGAGGGGGGUGGAGUCAUGUCUGUCAUCCCUCCACCAUUGGGUAAGUGUGACAUGCCACCAACUGAAAAGCGCUAGAUCUCAGCAAUAGUCGGCAAGUGUGACACCCUUGGCCAAAAUCAACUUGUUUGGAGUCUUCUAUUGUGACGCAGGCUUAAACAAGCCGAGCACCAUCUUGGCUAGGAUGGGAGACCAGCAAAACCAGCUUGAACAGGAUGGGAGACCAGCUGAAGACCAUCUUGAUGAGGAUGGGGGACCAGCAUGACCAGCUUGAACAGGAUGGGAGACCAGCUGAAGACCAUCUUGAUAAGGAUGCGGGACCAGCAAUUCUAGCUUGACCAGGAUGGGAGACCAGCUGAAGUCCAUCUUGAUGAGGAUGCAGGACCAGCAAGACCAACUAUAGACCAUCUUGACAAGGUUCAGAGACAAGCAAGACCAGGUUAAACAGGAUGGGAGACCAGCUGAAGACCAUCUUGAUGAGGAUGGAAGACCAGCCAUAGACCAGCUUAAACCGGAUGGAAGACUGGCAAGACCAGCUUAAUCAGGAUGGGAGACCAGUUGAAGACCAUCUUGACCAGAUUGUGAGACCAGCAAGACCAGCUUAAUCAGGAUGGAAGACCAGCUAAAAGACCAUCUUGACCAGGAUGAAAAAAAAAAAAAAAAUUAAAAAAAAAAAAAAAAUAUCAGCUAGACCAGCUUAAACAGGAAUGAGAGAAGGGCUGAAGACCAGCUUGAACAGGAAAGGGAGACCAUCUGAAAACCAGCUUGUCCAAGAUGGGAGCCCAGCUAGAACAUCUUAAAACCUGCCAAGACCAGCAAACACCAGUUUAAGAAUUUUGUUUUGUCAGCAGGAAUGGGUUUAUUAAACUUGGACCACAAAAUCUAACAUCUAUCAACAGGAUAUACAGUAAUAGGACAACAUAAACACAGUACAACAUUCCACAAUAUGUACAAGAUGAGAUGUCACACGUGAGAGGAAAUGAUCAGAUAGCCAUCAAAGCCUUGUACUAAAGAAACCCAAACAACAUUCUUGUGAAAUCUGUUCUUCAUUUCAUAUGAAAGGCCACAAUCCCUCAUGUCUGGAUCGGAAAACACAAGCAGCACAGAGCCAUUGUUCUCCCUCACAUACAACUGAUAUUUAUACACGGACUGUCAUUGCACAACAAAGUCUCAGGUUUCUCUAGGUUGCAUGUGGAUCCUUUGUUCUCUCUGCAAAGCGAGAGAAAGAGAGAUAAAGAAAAAAAAAUUAACAGAUCAACAAAACAACCUUACCAGGAAGAAAAACAAUGAAGGAUACUGUGACAUUACCUUCAAAUACCAACAUAACCAUUACUGGGACUUGACAUACUGCCUUUUGUCACUGUACAAAAAAAAAAUCAUUGUUGUAGUAAGGCAACCAUUCAUACUAGGAUUGGUCACAUUGCAGGUCACAAACUCAAAAUGAAAAGAAUGGUGAAAAAAGCAAAGCGGACCAAUGAGAUGCCUCAGACUUUGAACUUUAUUAUUUGAGCUAGAUAUGGUUUUGUCCA